AUGCGUUUAAAUGGAAUUACGGUACUUGUAAUGUUGUUGGUAUUGUCGGUGUUUGUUUUCUGUGAAGCUGCUCCCGCAUCAACAACAAACGCCGCCGCAGCCACCGCCAUUGCAGCCGCAGAAGAUAAAAAUGGAUUAAGUUCAAAUGCCGUGGACUUGUUGGCCGUUAACACAGAUACCGCUCACGAAAAUGAAUCCAAUCGUAAAGCUCGCCAGUUCUUAUAUCCCUUUGGAGGCUACUAUGGCGGAUAUGGAGGCUAUUAUGGCGGUUAUGGUGGAUACGGAUUGUACGGCUAUCGUUUGUAUCCUUCAUAUGGAUAUGGAUAUUAUCCUUAUUCUGGUUUUUACCCCUACUAUGGAUGA